AUGAUAGGGAAUUUAUUGAUUUUGAUACUGAAUUUUCUAGGAAUUUUUAUUCUGCACAAACCUUAUAUGAGGUCUGACAAACGAAAGUUCUUCUGUGUGCUGGACAAAAUAACUAUAGGUCACUCAAUGCCUCAAUGCAUAUUUGGAAUAGCCAUGCACUCUAUAGGGAUCCUUCUCUGCUUAUUUCAAAUCGGAGGAUACAGCUAUUACCCAAUCUCUCUAUGAACUUUUAUAGUAUUUAUUACAAGUUUAUACACAUAUAAGCGCCUCAAAGAGCUUUGUUUUGAAUGCGUCUCAACAUUUAUCAUUUUACUUCUGAUAAUUUCUCUCACUAUUAUAGAGCUCCCCUAUCUCCCAUACUAUACCUUUCUUAUAUACCUACUGAUUUUGACGCUUUCCUUAUGCAUAACCGCAUACUCCGUAUAA